CAGUGCCGCCAGUGGCUGGCGUCGCCUUCGCCCCCUCCUCCUUCUCUCCCGCCCCCCGCCGUGCCCGCGCUUCCCCCCCCCCCUCGCCCCCAUGCGGCGCUGAGGCGGCGGCGGUAGCGGGGCGGCCCCGGGGCGGCGGGGACCGCUGAGCAGCGGCCAUGGAGGGUAUGGACGUAGACCUGGACGCGGAGCUGAUGCAGAAGUUCAGCUGCUUGGGCACCACCGACAAGGACGUGCUGAUCGGCGAGUUCCAGCGGCUCCUCGGCUUCCAGCUCAGCCCCGCCGGCUGCGCCUUCUUCCUCGACAUGACCAACUGGAAUCUCCAGGCCGCCAUCGGAGCCUACUACGACUUUGAGAGCCCAAAUAUCAACGUGCCCUCCAUGUCCUUUGUGGAAGAUGUCACCAUAGGUGAAGGAGAGUCCAUCCCUCCUGACACCCAGUUCACAAAAACAUGGAGGAUACAAAACACAGGGACGGAGGCCUGGCCCCCGGGGGUGUGUCUGAAGUACGUUGGGGGAGACCAGUUUGGCCACGUGAACAUGGUGAUGGUCAGGUCCCUGGAGCCCCAGGAGAUGGCAGAUGUCAGCGUCCAGAUGUGCAGCCCCAGCACGGCAGGGAUGUACCAGGGGCAGUGGCGGAUGUGCACGGCCACCGGGCUCUACUAUGGAGAUGUCAUCUGGGUGAUCCUCAGCGUGGAAGUUGGAGGACUUCUGGGUGUAACACAGCAGCUGUCGUCCUUUGAAACAGAGUUCAACACACAGCCACACCGCAAGGUGGAAGGCAACUUUAACCCCUUCGCCUCCCCACAGAAGAGCAGGCCACCAGAGGAGAACAGCCUCAAGGACCCCGGGGGUCCCGAGCUGGGCACAACCAAGAACACUUGGGGGCCUGCCCCCGAGCACAGCGAACAAGACCAGAAUGGACUCUCAGAGAACUCUGUAAGCCUCUCCCCCAGCAGUCCCUCCAACAACUUGUCGGUAGUGACCUACAGUAAGGGUUUCCACGGUCCUUACCCCUUCGGACAGUCUUAAACACAAACACAAAACGGGUACCGGCGAGAGGAGCUGUGAGGAGAGCUGGCGGCGGGGGCAGGGCAGGGGGCUCCACGUGCAGACGACCCCGCGCGGCCCCCCCUCCCCUGCCUCCGAGACAAAGAAGAGAAAGCAAAACCAAAAGCCCAGAAACCUGAGACUUAGCUGGUCCAGAGGAGAAUACACCAGCUGAGAGCACGUGUGAGUGCUGGGCUGCAGGAGUGCUGCUGAGUGCUGCGGGAACUCAAAUGCCCCCCGGCCUGGGGCCCCUCGGAGCCCCCUCCCCUAAUUAGGUAGCUUCAGGAGUUUGGCAAAGCCAUCCCGAGACAAUAAUCAUCCCAAUACCGGUUUGCCUACAGAGCAGUGGUAGCUUCAGCAGUGUUUUGGUUUCUGUCUUGUCCAGGUUUCCCCCAGGGGCAGUGUGUUUGUGUGGCACUGGCAGUGCCCUGCCUGCUUCCCAAAGGGCAUCUGCUCAGCUUGGCAUCCCCUGGGCUCUGUGCAGUGACUGCUUUGGGGCAGACCUUUUCUAAAGGUCAGCUCAGGUCUGCUGCCAGCUCUGUGUUUUUAAUAUCUGGGUUUAGUUACCGACUUUUUAAUCCUUCCUUUCUUUUUUCCCUCUCUCCUGUUUGGUUUGGGUGGUGUUUGCCCUGCAUGUGCUGAAAACCAGGGCCUGGCGUCACAGGUGAAGAGAGAGGCUCUGGGACUUGCAGGAUAAGUGGAGGGCUCAUUUCCCUUCCCCUUGUACGUGAAGUACCCUGAGACACACACCCAGGCUAGUAACAAAGGGAUCCGUUGAGGUUCCCGCUGUCCUGUGUGCUUAGCACUCUCAGGUGCCUGGGUGUUAACCCAACCCUUGCUGUGCAGUAGCUGUGCCUGGAGCAGCCAGCAAGCAAGCCUCUGGUCCUGUGCCAAGAGCAGACUCUCUCUCUCUGGCUGUGAUGCACUUGGUCGUAGUUGCAAAGCUUUGCAGA